UCCGGAUCUGCAAGAAAAAAGAAGGUAAGAACAUGAAUUGCAGUAACACGGCAUUGGUCCAAUUCAAGUAUGAGCAUGGUAAUGCGGAUAAAGCAACUGGUCUUACUCUGAAAAUAAAGAAGGCCAGGAAGGCAGGAAUAAACAGAAUAAUAAGUUGCCCCAAUUGUUUAAAACCUGGAAUGGCAUGCAGGUGAUUACAAAAGAACAAGGACUACACGGUUCAAUUGAUUCCCUGAUGUGAUUAAGGUUUGCUUGAGGAGGAUCGGCAGAGAAACAGGGGAUGUCGAACCACAGUUCAGGAGAAGUUUGCGUAAUCAAACACUUUUGCGUUGGGCUGCAUUGCUACGAAGUUUCUGCCUCACAGAAGUCCCAAUAUACCCGCUCCAUUCAGUUCACAACGGGGUACAACCGUACAAGCAGGUACUGGAUGGGCUGUGAAAGUAUGACAGUCCACGACGCGUAACCCAAACAGUUCUCGAAUCGAAUCCACCUCUGCUUCUACCUCCACAUUGGAGAGAGAUCGCCGGAAAUAGUCGCCAUGGCAUCCCCGUCCAGUACCGGCAUCAGCAGGCGGCGCAUCCCUCUGCCCGCUUCUGCAACUCUUGCCGUCCUGAUCCUGUGCAGCACCUGCAGCUGCCUGCAGUUCAGUUACCCCACCUUCCACGCCGCCAGCGAGGACGAUUUCAGCUUCAGCCCCGGCACAGGGAUCGCGAACGGAGCCCUGCAGAUCACGCCCGACACCGGGGACAUGAGCCACCGGUCGGGGAGAGUCUGCUACGCGAGGGAGAGGCUCAAGCUGUGGAACGGCGAGCGGACGGCGCUGACGUCGUUCAGGACGGAGUUCAUGCUCAACAUCCUCCCCCGGAACGGGACCGGAGAAGGUAUGGCUUUCAUCCUCACGAACAGCCCGGAGCUGCCGCCGGGCAACAGCAGCGGGCAGUGGCUUGGCAUAGUGAACAGCCAGACGGACGGCUCGCCGGCGAACCGGAUCGUGGCCGUGGAGUUCGACACGAGGAAGAGCGGCGACGACGACCUCGACCACAACCACGUCGGCCUCGACGUCAACGGCAUCAGAUCCGUCAGCGCGUACCCUCUCAGCAACCUCUCCAUCGUGCUCUCCAGCGGGUCUGACGUGUGGGUCAGCAUACAGUACGACGGCGCGGCGUUGAGCGUAGUCGCGGUGCAGACGUACAGCUUCAUGUAUUCCUGGGCCGGUGAUCUGUCGCAGUAUCUGACGGAGGACAUCACCGUGGGAUUCGCGGCGUCCACCGGCGAGUUCACCGAGCUCAAUCAGAUCAAGUCUUGGAAUUUCACCACGCUGGGCGACGCCGGAGGCAGACGGGGACGGCAGGCAAGGAAGCUGAGAUUGCUUCUCGCCUACCUGAUCCCGCUCGCCAUUGCCGGUUCGUUCCUGGCGUUCUGCGUGUGGAGACGGCUGACACGACCGGGAAGGCUGGCCUACCGCAACCUCGAGAAGAUGAUCGACGCGCACGGCCCGGUCAGGUUUGGGUUCAGGGAGCUGAGGAAUGCCACCGCCAACUUCAGCUCCGACCGCAAGCUAGGCAGAGGCGGCUUCGGCACCGUGUACCUCGGCUACCUGAAGAGGAUGGGCAUGGAGGUGGCCGUGAAGCGGGUGAUGACGAGCGCUAGCUCCAGCAGAGGGGAGCAGGAGUUCGUCGCGGAGGUGAACUCGAUCAGCAAGCUCUCGCACCGCAACCUCGUGAAGCUGAUCGGGUGGUGCCACGAGCGAGGCGAGCUGCUGCUCGUCUACGAGUACUUCCCCAUGGGCAGCCUGGACAAGCUCCUGUACGCCGACGCCAGAGCUAGCGGCGCGUCGGCGUCGGCAGCCGCGCCGGAGCUGACCUGGGAGCGACGGUACGGGAUCAUCUGCGGCGUGGCGUCGGCGCUGGAGUACCUGCACCACGGUAGCAGCAAGCGGAUCCUCCACCGGGACGUGAAGGCCAGCAACGUGAUGCUGGACGGCGGGUACGGCGCGCGGCUGGGCGACUUCGGCCUCGCCCGCGUCGUCCAGCGCGACGGGGCCACGCACCACUCGACGCGGGCGGUGGCGGGCACCCGCGCCUACAUGGCGCACGAGAGCUUCUUCACGGGCCGCGCCAGCCUCGGCACGGACGUGUACGCGUUCGGGGUCUUCGUCCUGGAGGUGGUCAGCGGGAGGCGGCCGGGCAGCCCCGUGCCGCACUCGUGCCUCGACGACGACGACGACGGCCGCGACGUCUUCGCGCCGAGCGUCAGGCGAGGGCGGGAGGACGCGCACGUCGUGGACUGGGCGUGGAGGCUCUACGGCGAGGGGAGGGCGUCGGACGCCGCCGACGCGGCGCUGGACGGCGCGUUCGACCCGAAGGAGGCGGAGCGCGCGGUGAGGCUGGCCCUGGCGUGCUGCCACCCGAACCCGAGGGAGAGGCCGUCCAUGCGGGCGGCGGUGCAGGUGCUGGCCGGCGGGGCAGAGGCGCCGGAGCCCCCGCUCGUGAAGCCCGCGUUCGUCUGGCCGCCGGACGGCGGGCAGCAGCAGGAGAUCGAGCUGGCCCGUGUCGGGUUGCUCUUCACGGGGGCACGUGCACACUCCAGUUUCUGCUCCAUGACCUCCAGCUCCCUCUCUGGAAGGUGACUUUUGGGUUGGGAGAUGUUUGGGACUUUGGGUGUGUUGCACACAAAAGAGAAGAGACUUUUGGGUUGGAUUGUGCGGACUAGUAAAGACGCUAUCGGUGCCGGUCUGAUCAUGGUACAAAAAUGACUUUUGGCGUGCGCAGUUUGUACUAGUGUGUAGAUUUGCAUUGAGUGAAACUAGACAAAAAGAAAAGUCGGUGUUCUUUACCUUUGUCCAUGUAAACCCUUAAAUCUGGUGCCACGCUCGGCCACCUCUCACGGUCAGCAGUGAAGUAGCCAAGGUGGAUCGA